AAAAGCGGUUCGUUCUAAUCAUUGGCUGUGAGGGUUUGCGCUUCUGUAGAUUAAUUCGCUGUCAAUGGCCCGCUGGUGGACCUGUUUUCUAUGAAUACCUUGGCUUUUUACAGCCAAAAUGCCAAGUAUUUCCGUUGUUAUGGAUAUCUUAUAUUGUUUAUGGAUAUUUCCAAUGGUAGGGGCUGUCGAAGAAAUACUCAUGGACUCUACGACGGCAACAGCAGAGCUGGGAUGGACUAUCUAUCCAGCAUUGGGGUGGGAGGAGGUGAGUGGCUACGAUGAGAAUAUGAAUACCAUCCGCACCUACCAGGUGUGCAACGUCUUCGACAACAACCAGAACAACUGGGUCCGCACCAAGUACAUCCGCCGGCACGGCGCCCAGCGCAUCCAUGUGGAGAUUAAGUUCUCGGUGCGCGACUGCAGCUCCAUCCCCAGCGUCCCCGGCUCCUGUAAAGAGACUUUUAACCUGUACUACUAUGAGACAGACUCAGACACGGCCAAUAAGGUGUCCCCGGCCUGGAUGGAGAACCCCUGGAUUAAAGUGGACACCAUUGCUGCAGAUGAGAGCUUCUCCCAGGUGGACCUGGGCAGCCGGGUGAUGAAAAUCAACAGGGAGGUACGGAGCUUCGGCCCCGUGUCACGCCAGGGUUUCUACCUGGCAUUCCAGGACUACGGCAGCUGCAUGUCGCUCAUCGCCGUGCGCGUCUUCUACAGGAAGUGCCCCCGCGUGGUCGAGAAUGGCGCUGUGUUCCCUGAGACCCUGUCGGGGGCGGAGAGCACCUCCCUGGUGGUGGCGCGGGGUGUGUGUGUGCCCAAUGGGGAGGAGGUGGAUGUGCCCAUCAAGCUCUACUGUAACGGGGACGGGGAGUGGAUGGUGCCCAUUGGGCGCUGUAUGUGCAAGGCUGGGCACGAGGCGGUGGAGAACGGCACGGUGUGUCGAGCGUGUGGCUCAGGGUUCUUUAAGCCUUCCCAGGGCGACCACCAGUGUCUCCAGUGUCCCAUCAACAGUCGCAUCACCAAUGAGGGGGCCACCAACUGUGUGUGCCGUAACGGUUACUACCGCACCGACUCAGAUCCCCCACUGAUGCCCUGCACCACCAUCCCCUCUGCGCCCCAGAGUGUAAUCUCCAUCGUGAACGAGACAGCCCUGAGGUUGGAGUGGAGCGCGCCGCGCGAUGGCGGGGGCCGCGAGGACGUGGUCUACAACAUCAUCUGUAAGAGCUGUGGAGGGGGCCGGGGAGGCUGUACACGCUGCGGGGACAAUGUCCAGUUCGUCCCCCGCCAACUGGGCCUGACAGAGACCAAGGUCCACAUCAGUGACCUGCUGGCCCACACGCAGUACACCUUUGAGAUCCAGGCAGUCAACGGGGUCUCCGACCAGAGCCCCUACUCGCCACAGUACUCCUCGGUCAAAAUCACCACCAACCAGGCCGCGCCAUCGGCCGUGUCGAUUAUGCACCAGGUGAGCCGGACCCCUGACAGCAUCACUCUCUCCUGGUCCCAACCUGACCAGCCCAACGGUCUCAUACUAGACUAUGAGCUGCAGUACUAUGAAAAGAGCAUGGCAGAAUGGAACUCAUCAGUGGUGCGCAGUCAGACCAACACAGCAGUCAUCCGGGGCCUGAAGCCCGGAGCUAUAUACGUCUUCCAGGUGCGGGCUCGAACCGUGGCUGGAUUUGGACGCUUCAGCGGAAAAAUGUUCUUUCAGACCAUGACCGAAGAAGAGUACAAGUCCAGCUUUCAGGAGAAGCUCCCCCUCAUCAUUGGCUCCGCCGCUGCAGGCAUGGUCUUCAUCAUCGCUGUUGUCGUAUUCGUCAUCGUCUGCAAUCGAAGAAGCUCUGAGAGACCAGAAUCUGAAUUCACAGAUAAGCUCCAGCACUACACCAGCGGCCACAUGUCUCCAGGAAUGAAGAUCUAUAUCGACCCAUUCACUUAUGAGGACCCCAACGAGGCAGUGAGGGAGUUUGCCAAAGAGAUUGACACCUCCUGUGUCAAGAUUGAGCAAGUCAUUGGCGCAGGUAAAAAAUCAACCGGUGAAGGAGAGUUUGGGGAGGUGUGCAGCGGGAACCUGCGUCUCCCCGGAAAGAGAGAGAUCCUGGUGGCCAUCAAGACCCUGAAGGUGGGCUACACAGAGCGCCAGAGGCGGGACUUCCUAUCUGAGGCAUCCAUCAUGGGCCAGUUUGACCACCCCAACAUCAUCCACCUGGAGGGUGUGGUCACCAAGAGCGCCCCCGUCAUGAUCAUCACUGAGUUCAUGGAGAACGGAUCGCUGGACUCCUUCCUCAGGCAAAAUGACGGGCAGUUCACAGUGAUCCAACUGGUGGGCAUGCUGCGUGGCAUAGCAGCGGGCAUGAAGUACCUGAAUGACAUGAACUACGUGCACCGGGACCUGGCCGCCCGCAACAUCCUGGUCAAUAGCAACCUGGUGUGUAAGGUGUCUGACUUCGGGCUCUCGCGCUUUCUGGAGGAUGACACAUCAGAUCCCACUUACACCAGCGCCCUGGGAGGGAAGAUCCCUAUCCGAUGGACUGCCCCGGAAGCCAUCCAGUACAGGAAGUUCACCUCCUCCAGUGAUGGGUGGAGCUACGGCAUCGUCAUGUGGGAGGUGAUGUCAUACGGAGAGAGGCCCUACUGGGACAUGAGUAAUCAAGAUGUGAUCAAUGCCAUAGAACAGGACUACCGGUUGCCCCCGCCCAUGGACUGCCCUAGUGCCCUGCACCAGCUCAUGCUGGACUGCUGGCAGAAGGACCGCAACAAUCGGCCCAAGUUCAGCCAGAUUGUCAAUAACCUGGACAAGAUGAUCCGCAACCCCAACAGUCUGAAGGCCACGACGCCGCUGUCAUCAAGUGUUCACCUACCUCUGCUGGACCGCAGCACGCCUGACUUCUCCAGCUUCAGCACCGUGGACGAGUGGCUGGAUGCCAUCAAGAUGGGCCAGUACAAGGAGAACUUUGCCAACGAGGACUUCACCAGCUUCGACGUGGUCUCCCAAAUGACCAUGGAGGACAUCCUCCGAGUAGGGGUGACCCUAGUGGGCCACCAGAAGAAGAUCCUUAACAGUGUCCAGUCUAUGCGGGCCCAGAUGAAUCAGAUCACCUCCGUUGAGGUCUGACCUCUGAUGUCUAGACGGGGAGAACACUGGACUGGACCAGACCCCCAGCCUGGUCUCCCUGUCAGACUGUGACCCCCAUCCCCAUCAGCCCCCCUUCUCUAGACCGCACUCCCAUGAGUUCAGUCAACAGUCGGCAGCCUGUACUUUAUGGUCAGUCUGGUCAGUCUGCAGCCGUGCUCAGCGUGUAUUCAGUCCACAACCACUGCCCCUCCUAUGUUCAGUCUGUCUCUAGCUGUGCUGAGUCUACGACUGUCCAGACUCUGUCCAGAUUUUGUCCAGUCUCCAACUGCAGUCUGUCUCUGUUGAUUGCACGGCUGUAGCCCCUCCUUGUUUUUGUAGUAGGACAUUGUUUACAGUCUUUUGGUUGGAUAUGAUUUCUACUGGUCCCCAGACUAAAACUCAUCAACAGACGGCCCUUUAAAAGGGAUAUUAAGAGAAGGUUGGGACAAGACUUCAUAUAACUUUACUCGCAUCUUUCACAUUGAGAUUCUGAGGGUAUCGGUGACUUUAACAGUAGGACCAGUACUCUGAACGGAGUGUAUGAUGUACUGGAUAGUGAAUAGGACAACUGUCAGACUCCCAUACAGUUCCAUAGACUUUAUGGAUGUGAAAUGAAAUGACUCAUCUUCGGGAAGAGUCUGUCCCGUGAGAACAAACUUACCAUCCUUGUGCAUAAUGCUCUAAUUUGACAGUUUGAAAAUUGUGGUGAUUAUAUUACUGUUUGCUACCUACCUUCACUUCCGUUCUCUUGAAAAAAAAAAACUUUGAACACACAUUACUUCCAACAGCCCAAAUGAAACAUAAUAUAAAGUACUGUACUGUGCAUGUCAUUGUCUCUUACUCUUCUGGGAAUCACAGGCUGCCAUAGCCACUGAACCAUGUCGGCCAUUUUCACUGUUUUGGAGUUCCGCUCCGUACAGUCUUUGUUUCGGUGACUCAGUUGGUAUUUGUUUUUUAAAUAUUUGUAUGUGCACCUUAAUAAAGAAGUAGGAUGGGCACUUCCAUAAAUUCUUCCAUUA